GCCAUAUCACGGGCCACCUUUCGCCGGAUUAGAGCGUCUCUGGCACAAACGAAUUUCGAAAAAUUUGAUCGAGAUGCUUUUCAUGACCUUCUACUCUCUGAAGUAACGUUAUCCUGGUCCAACAAGCUCCGAACCACUGCCGGAUUGACGAGGAUGCGGAAGACCACCCGCCAGGGCUCCCCAACAAAAUACACGGCUGUGAUCGAGUUGAGUACUAAGGUUAUCGACAAUCCUUUUCGCUUAAGCUCGACAUUAAUGCACGAAAUGUGUCACGCUGCGGCAUGGGUCGUCGACCACGUGGCCAAACCGCCCCACGGUAAAUGCUUCAAAAAGUGGGCGAAGCACGCCAUGUCCUCGUUUCCGGACAUUAUGGUGACCACGACACACGACUACGAAAUCCAGUACAAGUACGCAUGGGCCUGUACCACCCCCAAAUGUGGAGUCAUCAUACGUAGACACAGUCGGAGCGUGGAUCCCUUUAAGCAAGUAUGCGGUCGCUGCAAAGGCGCUUUGAUGGAAAUUGAAGUGCCUGAUGAACUACCAUCUGCUUACAAUAUUUUUGUCAAGGAAAAGUCGCAGAGAGUGCGACAA